GCCAUAUUCAGCCGGAUGACACAGCCAUGUAUUCACAUGCAGCCUGCAUUGGUGUGAUGGUGUUUCUACUCUUCUGUCCAGGUGCUUCUGGAGUGCCUGUCUGGAGGGUCGACUUUACCACUGAAGGAAAAUGUGUCCCUCUGGGUUCAUCAGUAGAUAUAGGAUGCUCCUACACAUAUCCCAGUGAUAACAAAGUUGAAACAACUCUCUGGUUGAUACAAGACACAUUAGUGGAUUUCAGCAGCGCUCCUCAUCAGGGACGUCUGAUGUAUCUGGGUGAUAAUCAUAACAACUGCACCCUGAGAAUAACAGAUGUGAGACACAGUGAUGCUGGAGAAUAUAAGUUCAGAUUUAUUACUAAUACACCAGUUGGGAAAUGGACUUCUAAAUCAGCCUUUACUCUCUCUGUUGCAGCUCUGCAGGUAGCUAUGAGUCCUGCCUGGGUGACAAAGGGACAGACAUUGACACUGACCUGCAGCACCACCUGCCCUCUGAGUACCAACCCCACCUUCACCUGGUCCAAACCUCUUUCCAGCCAACCUAUUAUCAGGGGCAACACCCUGACUCUGACCUCAGUGAGUGAGAUAGAUGCAGGCAGUUACUCCUGUGCUAUAAAAGGACUUGAGGAUCAUCCCUCUUAUUCAGUGUGUGUUCUGGGUUGCUGGAGUGUGACCUAUAAUACUCCUCAGAGUAUCUGUGCUGUGGAGGGGUCAUCAGUGGACAUGAGCUGCUCCUACUCGUAUCCAAAUAAUGUGACAGUGACUAAAACUUUCUGGCAUAAACAAGGGUCUGUGGAGGAUUUAAAGAAUACGGGGGCAUAUAAGAAUCGUGUCACAUAUCUUGGGAACACCAGGAAUGAGUGUGGACUGAAAAUAGAAAGUGUGAGAGAGAGUGACUCAGGAGAAUAUCAGUUCCAGUUUAUAACAAAUGAUCCCAGAGGAAACAUGUCUGGAAGUCCUGGUGUUACUCUUUUGGUUUCAUCUCUGCAGGUCAUGAUGAGUUCUGCUGCAGUAACAGAAGGAGGAACUGUAUCCCUGACCUGCAACUCCACCUGUCCUGCAAACAACAUCACCUACACCUGGUUCCAGAACAGAGCACCUCUUACCCAACACACAUCCAGAGAUCUGAUCCUAGACCCAGUCAACAGUGAUGAUGCAGGCAAUUACUCCUGUGCUGAAGGAAAUGAAAAAUACCCCUCACCUGAAGUGACCCUCAGUGUCCAGUCUGGUGCAACACCACUGAAUAGAUUUCUUCUCAUAGCGGUGGGAGUUGUACUGGCUGUGACUUUUACCAUGGUGACUGGGAUUGUUUGUUUUAGAAGGAAGAGGAAGACAUCCACGGAGGGCACAGGAAGACAGACAUCAGAUGACAGAGGGAUGAGCAUGCAGAGAGAAGGAAUGCAGGACACUGAGCAGCAGGGAGACUCCAGUCUCGUCUACAACGUCUCUGCAGUGACCAGGACCUCUGACCAACAACACAGAGUGGACUCAGUAGAUCAAGAUGACGUAGCCUACGCCAGUGUCCAGUUCAAGACCAAAAACAAGGAUGGCGUCCCGGACUCUACAGCUGGGGAGGAGGCUUCAGUGAACGUCCUUAGUCCCUCUAGUGGUGCCAGUAUAGGAGGAUGCUGUGAUCUACAGCACCGUAAACAAACCCAGACGCUGAACACAAAGGACCACAGUCAGUGCCUGAUGACCUCAUUAGUGACCUGACCAUCUGUGCAUCUGCAGUGCCAACACAGGGCCAACCUGCAGCUAUAGAACUAGAAGGAAUAUUUCAUGUAUAACAUUGCAUGCAUUCAUGAGUUUGGAUGAACGGGUGAAUAGGGAUCAUUAUUUUUAGCUGUUUGCAUUAGAUUUGAUGUACUUGCAAUCCUUUAUGUUGCCUUUUGUAUUCAGUUGCCAUGUAAAUACAGUGAAUUCAAUAUGAUGUAUGUAACAGUGCGUUAUAUAUUGUGGAAAUUAUUGUAAUAUUGUUAUUGUAUUUAAUGAUCAUGUUUUCUUCUAUCUUUUCAGUAAUAUUCAGAUAUUGCAAAUGUACUUCAGUGUGUGUAAUAGACAUUUAUUGAAUACAUGCAAUAUUAUUUCAUAUGUUUUCUUUGUGCUUAUAUUUGUGUAGUGUAUGGAGAUACUGACACAAUCAAAAUGUGUUUUAAUUUUGUAUUAACAUAUAUGUUUUAUAUUAGAUUUCAUGUGAUGUAAUGAUUGGCUAUGGAAAUUGUGUAAACUCCAGAAGUGUUGUGAAGAGUGAUGCUGUGAAGAGUGAAGUUUGGUGAAUCAUAAGUGAUGUAUGUUACCUUGGUUAGCUAAUUAA